AGACCAGAUUGAGAGAGAGAGCUGACCCAGAGUGACCAUGGCUGCAUUGGAGUUGAGCUGCGAGGUAUCAGAAGAGAAUGUAGAUCGCAGAGAAACUUUCUGGGCUGAAUGGAAGGAUCUGACACUGUCUUCCCGGCCAGAGGAGGGUUGUUCUGUGCAUGAAGAAGAUACCCAACACCGAGAGACAUACCACCGGCAGGGGCAGUGCCAGGCGCUGGUGCAGCGGUCACCCUUGCAGGUGAUGAGGAUGGGUAUCCUUGGCCAGAGGCUGCAGGAGUACCAGCUGCCGUAUGCGAGGACACUGCCUCUGCCCAUCUUCACACUCUCGAAGGUGGGCAUCAAGGAAGACCGUGAGGCCACCCCCAUCCAGCUUCGGGAGCUCCUGGCUCUGGAAACGGCUCUGGGGGGGCAGUGCCUGGACCGGCGAGAGGUGGUUGAGAUCAAAAAGGAGCUGCCUCCUGUGGUGGCUGCCAGCCACCCCCAGUUUGGCAAACCGGGUGCUCCCCGCCGCUCUCUAUCCCGAUCCCUGUCCCAGGAAGCACAGAGAGGCUGAAGGGGACUCUGGGGGUGAAAUCCCUUCUCCCCUGACUCCUGUGCCCACCUAAGCUAAGACCUGGGGGGAGGGCAGGAUUGGUCAUUAAAGCUUUGUAGUUGGUCAUUAAAGCUGGGUUGGGGAAGUGGGAGCUGAAAAGCAGAACAUGUGGGUCUUCUGAGCUCCCAGAGGGAGGAGACGAUAGUAAAAAGAUGGGGAGCUAGGGUUAUAUCAACAUCAUCUGAAAACUGCAGAGAAGAGUUAGAUGAGAGACUAGGUGGCUGUACACCAGGAUCUAGAGAAAAAAGGAGAGAUGUGAAUGGGGGAUUAGAAAGCCCCCUGAAAGAGACCAGAUGGAAGGGGGAUGUGAGACUGGCGCGGGAGCCCCAGUGGGAGGAGACAGGGAUGGGGGAGUAGAGUCGGGGUCCCACCCAAGCAUCAUCUGUUAGUGCUACAAUAAAAGUGAAAGCUAGCUCUGCA